AUGAAGAAUUUCUUUAGAAAGAGUACUCGUUUGUCGAGUAAUGAACAAUCAAAUAAUAAUAAUAAUCAGAAUACUUCUCCAGUUUCCUUGUCGAAAGGAGAUUCGAGUAAGGAUCUCACAGCAAUAGCCUCAACCUUGAGUUUACCAAGAGAGGCUACAACAUCAAAUACGAGUGGUGUAUUGUCACCAUCUUCUAAUUCAUCAUCAUCGGCAGCAUCCUCCUCAUACUCCUUCUUGCUUCCUACUGCAGAAAAUUUAACUAGAGAACCUCCUUGUGGACUUGAAUUAUUUGAAUAUAAUAAUGGUGAUAUUUAUGAUGGUGAAGUUAAUCAGAAGGGAUUACGUCACGGAUCGGGAACAUGUAAAUUUUCAGACAGUGCAGAAAGAGAGUUUCCUCCAUCGUUAAGUUUUAUUUCGCAACCUGGUCUUUCAUCAUUCACAGGAAAGUGGUUUUGUGGACAACCUUGUAUUGAUAUUCAAGCCGUAAUUCAAUACGUAAAUGGUGAUAGAUAUUGUGGUGCUGUUAUGGGAUUUACGGAAGAACUUUUAGAAGAAGCAUCAAUUUUGUCAGAAUAUUAUUAUUCAAAUUAUACACCGUCUUCAUCAUCUAACAGUAGCUCUCUCAAAACCCCAAGAUCAUCAGUUUCAUCUACUUCUCCUUCCAACAAUUCUCCAAGUGCUCCACCAAAGAAGAAAAAGAAUCCAUUCUCAUUCUCCAGUUCAAGUGAAAAUAAUAAUGAUUCCCUCUUUGGAAAACCAGCUUCUUCAUCUGAUGAGGGUCUUCCUUAUAUUAUGAAACAUGGUGAAGGUGAAUUGCACUACCUAGAUGGCUCAAAAUAUAAUGGAAGUUUCAGAAGAGAUGUUCGUGAAGGAUUUGGAGUAAUGAUCGACACUAAAAAUGGAACUGAAUAUUAUGGAAAUUGGAAAGAUAAUGAAAAGGAAGGAUUUGGUACCAUGAUUUUCAAUGAUGGUACUAUCUAUGAAGGUGAUUGGAGAGGAGGAAAGCAAGGACCAAAAGGAGUUCUCAGAUUACCAAACGGUGACAGAAUUGUUGGAGAAUGGGAUGGAAACAAUAUUAAGAAAGCCAUUUUUGAAAAGGGGUCUAUUCAAAAUGUAAAGAGCAAGUGUCCAACUAUGCUCCUUAGAGAAGAAGUCAAGAAAUCUGAAAAGAAUGACAGAACUACCUCAUUUUCACACGUCACUACUCCAAUCCUUGCCAAAGAAGACCUCGUUACUCCAAGGAAAUGGGACGGUCUCUUCUCUAUAUUUGCCAAUAGUAUUGAAAUAGAGAAGGAAAAAUAUGCAAAUGGUGUCACUGCUAAAUGCAUUGAAGAAAAGAAAACUCAAGAUGGAAGCAUUUCACCAAUUUCCAGAAAAUCAAUCCAAGAUGCCCUUCAGAAUUAUCUGGACGAUUCUAUGGCUCGCAAAUUAUCGAAAAUUACAAUUGAUAAUGUGACUCAAAUUUCACAUGGAGAUGAGGCCCCUAUUUUUGGCGUUCUCUCUACAGCCACCAACGAUCACGUUCUCUCAAGAAUUAUCGCCAAGUUUGUUAACCUUUUCAAUUGGAAAUAUCACCAAAGUGAUAUCAAAUCGACAGCUGCUGCCAAACAUCACAUUCCUCAUGCAUUGGAUGACUUCCAUUCAUUUGUUAUCUAUAUUUUUGAAAAAACCUGUCACAUCAUUGGUAACGACUCUGUGGCUGUAUUUGGUCACAAGAAACUUCUAUACCAUCUUAAAGAUCACAUACUGAGCAGAAUUUACAGUACUCUUUUUACAAUUUACAAAUUCUGUUAUCACGAACAAGAUAACAUGUAUAAAUUCAAAAUGCUUGCCCUUUCAUCCAUCUCAAUGAGAGAACUUGGUGUAAAGGAUGGAUUUAUUCCAACUGAUGAAAUGGGACUUUUUGAACCAUACCAAGAUUGUAUCAAAAAGUUGAGAACUCUAUCAACCAAAUUCACAACAGCCCAUGAAAAGUUUGAAAUUCUCGUUGAGGUUGGUAAAGAACUCGUGACAGCUAUUGAUUUCAUUGAGGAAAAGAAGAGAGGUAAAAUAUCUGAUAGAGGUGCUGAUGACAUGUUACCAGCUUAUUUGUACAUUUUCAUUCAAGCUCAAAUACCGAAUGUAUAUAGUACCUUCAAAUUCCUUUUAGAUUUUAUGGAUGAAAAAGUUCAAACUACUGAACAGGGUUAUAGAUUUUCUGUCUUUGAAAAUGCAAUUCAAUACAUUCCAAUGAUUGACUCAUCUAUUAGAGAUACAAAUGGAAUACUUGUACCAACAUUCGUUUUGGAAGACAGAUUAGAAAGUUGUCUCAAUAAGAUUAAGAAGGAAGCCAGAGAACACGGAGAAGCACCAAGGUUAUUGUGGAUUAGCUCAAUUUUCAUAGUUGUAGGAAGCACCUUGUCUGAAAUUUCUCAAAGCUCAACAACAUAUCAAUCCAAUAAUCCAACUCCAGUUAUUCCUGUCCUUCAUACACAACACCGCGACUUGUUGAGAAGAUAUUCCAAGUAUGCUGAAAAGAUACUCAAAUGUGUCUCAUUAAGCUUGGAAAGUACUGAUAUUGAUAGUAGUGAAAUCAAACAACAAUACUCACCAAAAGAAGAAUUUGAGGAAGAUUGGACGCCACUUCAAAAGAAGAAGGCUGAAGAGCCUGUAAUAGUGACAAAGAACUUUAAUAUUACUGUAGAUCAAAUUUAUCCAAGCUACAUUUAUUUCAAGAUGGCCAGAAAACUGGAAGAACUGAUAGAAGAGCACUAAUUGUACCAUAAAAAAUAUUCAAUGAUUUAAUGU